UCCUUCCCGUCGCACGUGGACACCCCCCUCACGCCUGCGCCUCGGUCCUGGUCUGCCUCACGCUGGCUGUUUAAUCUGGACAUUUUAAACUAGUUUCAGCGAUGGACGCGGACACGAACGCGACCCCGGCCGCCGGCGCCGUCACGGAGACCCCGGAGGACUCGGGGUCCUUCACGAUCGUCACGUACAAGAAGACCCACAAGCGGAAACGAGGGAAAGAUGACGCCGACAUGGACACGGAGGGCCACGUGGCCAGCAAGCGGCCGCAGUUGCCACCGAUAUCCAGCGACAAAUUAAAGGGCCCAGACGAGAUGCGUAAGGUGGCCGUCCCCGCUCACCGCUACACGCCACUGAAGGAGAACUGGCUGAAGAUUUUCACUCCGAUCGUGGAGAACCUGCAGCUGCAAGUCCGCUUCAACCUCAAGACCCGGCACGUGGAGAUCAAGACCUGCAAAGACACGCAGGACAUCAGCGCGCUCACGAGGGCGUCUGACUUCGUCAGGGCGUUUAUUUUAGGAUUCCAGGUGGAGGACGCCCUCGCUCUCAUCAGACUAGACGAGCUGUUCCUGGAAAGCUUCUAUGUCACAGACGUGAAGCCUCUGAAGGGAGACCAUCUCUCCAGAGCCAUCGGCCGGAUCGCCGGAAAAGGAGGAAAAACCAAAUUCACCAUCGAGAACGUCACCAAGACUCGGAUCGUGCUGGCGGAGACAAAAGUUCACAUUUUGGGUUCCUUCCAGAACAUCAAGAUGGCGCGGACGGCGAUCUGCAACCUGAUCCUCGGAAGUCCGCCUUCAAAGGUCUACGGCAACAUCAGGAUGGUGGCCAGCCGGGCGGCCGAGAGGUUCUGAUUGGCUGCCGGGUGCAUUGAGCCCCUCUCCCCCAUUGGCCGGAGGCCUCAGGUCUCUUUCAUGUGAUCGGCUCGUUUGUGUAUAUAAAUAAUUUAUUUCUGUCACUGAAGUGAUGAAAUAAAAUCCUGAAUCCUUUCAAAGUUUA